AUGCCACAUGCAUCGUUCAGAAUAUCGCCUGCAUUACAGACUGAUAAUGGGUUGGAUCUAGAAGAAGAGUUGAAUUCACCGUCCGAGGAAUCGGAGGACGUCGUCAGUGGGCCGCGAGAAGGAAAACCCCGCCAGAAAACCCCGCCAAACCCCGACCAGGGAUUGGAGAAGAGGGAUGUCGAAGAGCAAGGGCAGGAAACCGGCGAUGAUCUAGUGGAAGUAGAUGAGGGGCAAAUCCACGAAGCUUCGGAUGCGACUGCAGAAAAGGCAGUGAGCUCUGGAAGAUGGCCGAGCAAAGUUAUCAUAAAAGGAUUGGGAAACAUACGUGCCAGGAAUCCAAGUGCGAAGGUCAGUUCGUUUCAAUAA